UGAAGGCAGCAAAGAGCAAUUCAGACAAGAGGCCUCAAGUUAUUGUAUUGCCACUACACUGUUGGUAAGGAGUAUGAUAUUCAAGCGAGUGUAAGCGAAAGUGUUAAGAUGCUAUUUUCUGCUGUGAAGGAGGCAUGAAUCUGGCUCAUCGGAGGUCAUACCUCGCUCAAAUGUGUGGCAAAGGGAUAGAAAGUUUAUAUUUUGUCUAACAGAUUCGAUACCCAAGAGAGAUGUGGAGACAAACAACAUCUACAACACCUGCACUGUGUAUUCUCCGACAGGUGUCAAGUUCCCUGAAACUCUUUCCAAUCAACACUGAUGCACGUGGAUGGAGGUGCACUUGUUGCAUCACAUCGCAAGGUUCACCUAUUUGACAUUGAUAUCCCUGGGAAGAUAAAAUUCAAGGAGAGCAAAACAUUGACAGGAGGAACAACGGCGAACUAUUUUGACACUGAAUUUGCACGUAUUGGGCUCGGUUUGUGCUACAAUGUCAGGUUCCCGCUGGCGAUGAUUGCAGCACAGCGAGGUUCGUGGUUACCUGAUUUAUACGAAAAAUGAAAAACACACAAACUCUUAAGGUUGUCAUGCCAUGAUCUAUCCUGGGGCAUUUAACCUCACCACUGGACCUUUGCAUUGGGAACUGCUUCAAUGAGCUCGGGCCAAUGAUAACGAGG